AUGUCUCCGGACCGUCCUUCUGUGAACGCUGUGCCCGCUACCUCUUCACACCCCACCAUGGCCACCACAACCAUCAAAGUGGAUGGCAUGACUUGCGGUGCCUGCACCUCCGCCGUGGAGGGAGCUUUCAAGGGAGUAGAUGGUGUCGGCGAAGUUGCUGUCAGCCUCAUCAUGGGCCGCGCGGUGGUUCAACACGAUCCAUCAAUACUCGCGCCCGCCAAGGUCGCCGAGUUGAUUGAGGACUGCGGCUUCGACGCGGAAGUCUUGUCCACCGAAGAGUCUCAAAGGCCCAUGAGACCAUCGAGCUUGGAGAGCCCUGGACCGCGGCUUACGACGACUACACUUGCUGUUGAGGGUAUGACCUGCGGCGCAUGCACGUCGGCGGUGGAAAGCGGACUUCAAGACGCCCCAGGUGUCGUCUCCGUGAGCGUUUCUCUACUUUCCGAGCGUGCUGUGGUGGAACAUGAUGAGGGGGUCAUCAACCCUGAGCAAAUCGCAGAGCUCAUAGAAGAUCGCGGAUUCGGCGCGCGAGUAGUGGAAACGAAAUCGGUCCCGGCCACGUCUCAAACCUCGACCGAGCAGGCUAGUCCGGCGGGAGACAGCCCCGGCCAUCUAGUCACUACGAUCGCCAUCGGCGGCAUGACCUGCGGGGCUUGUACAUCCAGUGUGCAGAACGCCGUCGCUAAUGCUGACGGUGUGAUUCAAUUCAACAUCAGUCUGUUGGCAGAGCGCGCUGUCAUUGUACAUGACUUAUCCAAAGUUUCAGCCCAUGCACUGACGACCAUGGUCGAAGAUGCCGGGUUUGAUGCCUCCGUCGUUUCAUCUGAAGUACAGGAACCUUUGUCAAAAAAGAAGCAGCAGCUGAACCUGAGCAUCUACGGUUUGCGGGAUGCCGCUUCGGCUGCGGCAUUAGAAGAGACCCUACUAGGUCGGCCUGGUGUCCAGUCGGCAUCAGUCAAGUUGGCGACAUCACGUUUACAGAUCUCAUUUGAUACAUCCGUUAUCGGCAUUCGAUCUGUAUUUGAGAUCAUCGAGAGUGCCGGGUACAACGCCUUAAUUUCCGACACCGAUGACAAGAACGCGCAAUUAGAAUCGUUGUCGAAAACGAAAGAAAUUCAGGAAUGGCGGCGCGCAUUCCUCACGUCCGUAUCUUUCGCCGUGCCGGUCUUUUUUCUGAACAUGAUAUUUCCAAUGUAUCUGCGCGCCAUUGAUUUUGGCAAGUUUCAGGUCAUUCAAGGUCUCUACUUGGGUGACUUGAUCUGUCUCGGCCUCACAAUCCCUGUGCAAUUCGGGAUUGGUCGACGCUUCUAUGUCACCAGCUAUAAGUCACUGCGGCACAAAUCGCCGACCAUGGAUGUGCUCGUCAUGCUGGGCACUUCUGCAGCCUUCUUCUACAGUUGCUUUACGAUGCUCAUGGCUUUUCUCAGCGAGCCUCACAAUCGUCCAAGUACCGUAUUUGACACCAGCACGAUGCUAAUCACCUUCAUCACGCUCGGCAGGUGGCUUGAGAAUCGGGCCAAAGGACAAACUUCGGCGGCUCUUUCCCGACUGAUGUCGUUGGCUCCGUCCAUGACAACCAUCUACGAGGAUCCCAUUGCGGCCGAGAAGCUUGCGGACGAGUGGAAUUCCGCAGAAAGCCCUAUGCAGCCAGAAUCCAAGUUGGCUGACGAUGCUGCUGCGGUUAAUCAAAAGAUCAUUCCAACCGAGCUCAUUCAAGUUGGAGACAUUGUGAUCCUCCGUCCCGGCGACAAAGUUCCCGCCGAUGGUGUGGUCAUUCGGGGCGAGAGCUACGUUGACGAAAGUAUGAUUACAGGAGAAGCGCUUCCUAUCCACAAGAAGAAAAGAAGCCAUAUCGUCGCGGGUACGGUCAACGGCACGGGUGCCAUUGACUUCAAGGUGAUUCGGGCUGGCAAGGACACCCAGUUGAGUCAGAUCGUCAAGCUCGUCCAGGACGCUCAGACGAGUCGCGCUCCGAUUCAACGCAUGGCUGAUCUCGUCGCUGGAUAUUUUGUCCCAGCGAUCAUCGCCCUUGGCUUGACGACUUUCUUUGGCUGGAUGUUUCUCAGCCACGUUUUAUCUAAUCCGCCCAAGAUCUUCCAAAUGGAAGGUAGUGGCGGUCGAGUCAUGGUUUGUCUGAAGCUAUGCAUCUCAGUCGUCGUUUUCGCCUGCCCAUGUGCUCUUGGCCUCAGCACCCCGACCGCUGUCAUGGUGGGAACAGGUGUCGGCGCUGAACACGGUAUCCUUGUCAAGGGCGGUGCGGUGCUCGAAGCAGCCACCAAGGUCAAUCAUGUUGUGUUCGACAAGACAGGCACGCUGACCACAGGACGCAUGAGUGUAGCUCAAGUCAAGAUGGAGCCCCAUUGGACUGCGAAUGACUGGCGACGACGGUUGUGGUGGCUGGUUGUCGGACUCGCGGAAAUGGGCAGUGAACAUCCAAUUGGCCGGGCUAUUCUCGCCGAGGCUCAUUCUGAAGUUGGCCAGGCAGGACAAGAUGGGCUACCUGGUAGUGUGGGAGACUUCGAUACCUGUGUCGGCCAAGGUAUCUCUGCCGUAGUCGAGCCCGCAUCCAGCGUGGAACGAGUCCGCUACCAUGUUUUGUUGGGCAAUGCGACUUUCUUGCGAUCACGGGACGUCUCCGUACCCGCCGCGGCUGACCCCGACUCUGUCGAUGCUGGCGUAGAGUCCGCUGCGUCAACAUCGAAACCCACUGCCGAGCCUUCUGGCAUUACCCAUAUCCACGUCGCGAUCGACAACCGCUACGCUGGAAGAAUUUCCUUGCGGGAUAGUGUCAAAGACUCGUCUGUCGCCGCGAUCGCCGCUCUUCACCGCAUGGGCAUUGCAACAUCCAUGGUCACUGGAGAUACAUUGUCAACAGCACUUUCUAUUGCCGCAGCGGUUGGGAUUCCCUCUUCUGCGGUUCAUGCAUCUGCUUCGCCUUCAGACAAGCGUUCCAUCAUCUCCACGCUUCAACUCAACGGCGACCGUGUCGCAAUGGUAGGCGACGGAAUCAACGACUCCCCUGCGCUGGCCACUGCCUCCGUCGGUAUUGCCUUGGCCUCAGGAACAGACGUGGCCAUGGAGGCAGCCGAUAUCGUUUUGAUGCGCCCUGACGACUUGCUUUCCGUUCCCGCGAGUCUGUCGCUAUCUCGCACGGUCUUCAAUCGCAUCAAACUUAAUCUCAUUUGGGCGUGUCUCUACAACGUCAUUGGUUUGCCUUUCGCCAUGGGUCUCUUCCUCCCGUUUACAGGGUUUAUGCUCCCUCCAAUGGCCGCUGGCGCUGCCAUGGCCAUGUCCAGCGUUUCGGUUGUCGUGAGCAGCUUGCUCUUGAAACUCUGGCGUCGUCCGUCUUGGAUGCAGGUUGAGCGACUGGAAAAGGAAGUGGCUUCAGGUGCCAUUCCUGCCAAUGGAGUAUCCCGUAAGACCGGCUGGUGGACGCCCGCCACCAUUCUCUCUGAUCACCCCCAGUCACUACGUCGCCGUAUUCAGGGUGGACUGGCGUCGCUAUGGUCCAUUGUCUCUGGCAGACAGACUACCAUCCGUGAGGAUGACGGCUAUGUCCCGUUACAAACCGUCGAACCCCCUGUUUAA